AUGCGCACUGUCGGCGUCUUUUGUUACAGCCCAGCAACAAGCGGCGGCAGUCGGUCAGACAGAGGCAGAAGCCGGAGAAGGGGCAGAGAGGGGACUCCGGGCUCGGUCACCGGAGCGCCCAGCGAUGAGAGCGGAGACCCCGGGGCCAUACAGGGGCAGGUCUGAUGGGCCGGAGAGCUGAGAGAAGGGCCCCCACCGCACCCCGCCAGGGGCCACAGGAGCCCAGCAUUCGCCGCUGAGUGACACCGGAGCGCCGCCCACAGGGGACCCUCUAUCCGGGGAGAGAGCGGGUGAUGCCGGAGAUCUGAGCCGCCCUCCCCGCAGCAGUCCCGGCACCCUCCCUCCUCCAGCAGCCGCCCCAUGGGGGGGAAGCAGAGCUCGGCCUCCCGUUCCCGGGCACAGUUCCCCGGGGUGUCCUCCGAUGACUCGGCCGUGCCCCCGGCCUCACACUUCGGACAUUACCGGCCGGGCGGCGCCAUGGGUCUGCGUAGCCGCUCGGUGAGCUCCGUGUCCGGUCUGGAUCCCCCCACCGCCGGCCUCCCCUUCGGCCUUUACCGGGCUGGGCCCGAACCCGACAGAGGAGGCAGUUCCGGUGCUGAGGAGAGCCGGGGGGGCCUGUACCUGGGUCCGCGGGCCUCCCUCACCGACACCCUGCAGCUCACCCCGAGGUGGAUCGGAGCACAGAGCGGUUUCCGGUGCCCCAUAUGUUCCAAGUCCGUGGCCUCCGAUGAGAUGGAGAUGCACUUUAUAAUGUGUCUGAGCAAGCCUCGGUUGUCCUAUAAUGAUGAUGUUCUGACGAGGGAUGCGGGUGAGUGUGUCAUCUGCCUGGAAGAACUCUCGCAGGGGGACACGAUAGCCAGACUACCUUGUCUGUGUAUCUAUCACAAAAGCUGUAUAGAUUCCUGGUUUGAGGUGAACAGGUGUUGUCCAGAGCACCCUUCGGAUUGACCUGCAGCCGUUCUGGCUGACUUUCUUUUAAGAGCACUGGGUUUCACCCACUUUAAGGACGGCAGAGACUGGACUCUGCGUCCUCCCCUGGGUUGUCUGAACUGCUUUACACACACGCCCCCUCCUUCAUGCGCUCCUUCAGUAAUCCUAAACGGGAGCAUUCGGGAGUAACGGAAGCCAAACUGAAGACUCUUCCCAUCAUCAUCUUUAAGUACACGUGGGGAGAAAGCGCCGUGGGGGAGAAAGCCAGAAGAGGUGUGUCUUUACGCAGUCCCGCUAACGUCCUCCCAGGUUGGCGAUGCUGAGGGGGUCUUAAAUCCACGCCACUUGUGUUCUUGUCAGCGGAGGGCCUGGGGCCCAAACAGGCCAAGAAGGAUGAUGUGCGAGCACCUUCACCCCUUUACUGCUAUUGAACACAUUGGGAUACGUUGUAAUCCGUGACGCCAUGACAGGCGCAUACUUUUUAUUCCUGGCAAUUUGCACUGAACAGGUUGAGUUUUAAGGGCGAGGAGAUUGUGCGCACACCGCGUUCCCUCUACGGGGAUGGAGGUGAAGGGGAUUUUUCAUGGAGCGUUGCUGAGUGAGAUUGGCAGGUUUCUUCUCUAAACCAGGGUUAUUUCCCAGUGCUUCCCACACACCGGCUUGUAGAUGUGCAGCACUGACUGGUUAGAAGGGUCGGUCUCUCCAUCGCCUGGUCUCCUGCUGGAUGGAGGUUUUCGCCCAUAGUAUAGACACAGGGUCAAGGAGGAAGUGGACUAUGUUUAAAGGGUUUUACGAAUUUAAAAGGUGGUGGUCUGUUAACCCCACAAGCUCGUUUUUUGCCAACAUCCCACCCUCUCCUUUAUAUUAUAGCUAGUAUAAAUAAAUUACUUCUGCUGGAUAAUGUCGGGUGAUACGUGUCGGGGCGGGAGGGGGGUGUAUUAGUGUUUACGAUCUUGUUCCCAUCCCUAAUUUCACUUGCACCAAUCCCUAACUUUCAUUUCCCCUUGAAGUGGCCAGUGCGGAUGUUGACGUCAAUCCUAGUCAGGUGCUGGAUCCUUACAGAUUCAUCCUAACAGUUGUCUAUGACCACCGCAGUUCCAAAUCUGACAACGUGUAGCCAUCAUUGAAGCACACAGGACCCACGGCUUCUGGACUUGCUGCUAAUGCAAUGUGACCUCAUCAUAAGGGGACAGAUCUUACAAGAGUGCUUUUUUUUUUUUUUUUUUUUUAUUGUUACAAUUUCCAGCAGUCGCAGAUCUUUUUAGCGCUAUCACUAUAGAACUGUAGAACAUCAGCGCCGUUGCACAUAGACGAUAAUGAGGUACCAGUUCUAUAAUAAGGUCUUGCUCACCCUGUUACAUACAGCUUGUUCUAUCCAGAUUCCCCUAAUGUGCCAAAACUGAAGCUGGAUUUUUGGAUUCCUAUUCAGGUGAGGGUAGGUUUAUGGCUGAUAAUGAUCACUUUCAAUUUUAGAGCCGUUUGACAGAUGGAUAACAUGGCUCAGUUGUACAUCUUCCCCUCUGAAUGUGCUGUGAGUUUCAAUUAAACAUUUUUUUUGCAGAAAACUGGCCGAAUUUACAAGCCUCUACUCUCUGUCCUCACCUCAGCCCAAAUAAAGUUAUGCACCUUUUUGAAUUUGGCGAAGGGUCUUCUAAUAGUUUUAACCGUUAGAAGCCGUUGUGAAGUUUUGGUGCUUUGUCUCCACCUAGUGGUAAAUGCUUAUUAUUUCAAGGAUCCUGCUUCACCUAGGAAAAGCCAAUUAGUGAUUCGCUUGUCUUUUAUCCAAAAAUGACAAUGAUGCACUUGUUUUUAUAGAUAUAAAAGUGAAACUCUUACAUUUUAUUUAUUUGGGUUUUGUUUCCUCCCAGCAAAUUGCUGCACAUCUAUACUAGUAAACUUUAUUUGCUGUCAUGGGCGAACUAAAUGAUAAAUAUUGCCAACCUAACUAUCCCGCCAUUGGGUCAUUUAGAAUCUGUCUGCAUGGUAAAGAAAAGAGCUGUACAUUUUCUACUGACAUAGGUAUGCGAUUGGGGAAAGAGUGACUGUUAUAUAUAUAUUUGAUGUUCACAGUCGUGGUAAGGGGGGAGGGGGGGUUUUGCACUGUCUGUAAUUCUUAUUGCCCCACAACUGCUGGAAUUACCAUUUUAUGCUGACCCGGAACCUUUGUGAAGGGGAAAAUCCUUAAGGCCAAACGUCACUUGCCUUUUUUUUUUUUUUUUUUUUUUCCCCAUUUUUGUUUUAUUUUAUAAAAUGUGGAGGGAGCGGAGUUAGACUGUGUUGUAUAUCGGUUGUUAUAAAAAUAAAAGAACGAGUCUACAGAU